AAUUGUUUGAUUUAUAAAUAAAUAACAUUUUCAUUGCAUUUAUGAUUAAUUAAUCAAAUAUUUGGCACAAUAUUUGCAUUUCAAUUAAUCAUCAAUUGAUUGAUUAAAAGGACAAUUGAUUUGAUAAUCAAAGCAAACGCUUAAUUUGAGAUCAAAAUAUCUGUGAAAAUGUCUGCAAAACUGUUUGGUUAUGUGUCUCACUCUUCAGCCAAAGCAUCGUUGGUCUCGACAUUAAGAGCCAAUCGAUUGUCUCUUUUGACGAACAAUCACUUCCGAUGCCUAUCGACGGCCCGUCGGACUCACGUGAACUAUGAGGUGAAGGACGGCAUAGCUGUGGUUCGCUUCGACUCUCCCAACCAAAGAGUUAACAGUCUUUCGCGUGAAGUCAUGAAAGACGCCGAAGAGGUGUUCAAUGAGAUCUCCAGUUCCAGCGCAGCCGGCGUUGUCUUGAUAUCCGGCAAAACAGACUGUUUUAUAGCCGGCGCCGACAUAUCAAUGCUUGAGAGAUGCAAAUCAGCCCAAGAGAUAGAAGAGCUCUCGAGGGGUGGACACGAGUUCCUGAACCGAAUCGCCAAUAGUCCCAAACCUGUAGUCGCAGCCAUUAUGGGCUCAUGUCUUGGAGGAGGUCUUGAAGUGGCUCUCGCCUCGCACUAUAGGAUUGCCGUUACGGACAAGAAAACAAAUUUAGGAUUACCUGAAGUCAUGUUAGGUCUGCUUCCGGGCGGUGGAGGAACUCAGCGAUUGCCUCAACUCAUCAAUGUUCCCGACUCUUUGGAUAUGAUGCUGACCGGGAAGAUGGUUAAGGCGGAUAAGGCCCGCAAACUGGGUCUCGUCGACCAAGUGGUUAUGGGACUUCUUCGCUCUGCAAUUGGCGUUAGUUUUAUUAGAGACAAGAUUUUUGAUAAGGCGAGGGCUCAGGUCAUGAAAUUGACAAAUGGCUUAUAUCCCGCUCCCCUUAAGAUCAUAGAAGUAGUGAAAACUGGUUUAGAAAAAGGACAGCCGUCUGGAACUGAAGCCGAGAUAAAAGGUUUCGGAGAACUGAGUCAAACUCCUCACUCGAAGGCAUUGAUAGGUCUAUUCCACGGACAGACACUCUGCAAGAAAAAUAAAUUCGGAAAACCUGCCAAAGUGCCCAAGACAUUGUCCCAUAACCCACGGCCGGAUUACCCGCGGCCAUAUCGUGUUCAUAGACAACUAUUCCCGAUAUCUUGUCGAAUUGACACAAAAGUCAAACGAAAGCGACUGACUUUUACCGAAAGGGAUAACUAUAUGGCAAACUUGAAUACAUCUCUAGACUACAGAAACUUCGAUAAAGUCGAUGUCGUCAUUGAAGCCGUUUUUGAAGACCUGAAAAUCAAGCACAAAGUGGUACAAGAAGUGGAAAAACAUAUCCGCGACGACUGUAUCUUUGCGUCGAACACGUCUGCCCUUCCCAUCACUAAAAUAGCCGAAGGCUCGUUUUCUGGGCUCUUAAACUUUCUCCGGAGUCGCCGCCGUCACCGGCAACCUCUCAAACAGGGAAAGGUUGUGAUUGUGGUUAAGGACGGACCGGGUUUUUACACGACAAGAAUUUUGGCGCCCGUUAUGUCCGAAGCCAUGAGAUUAAUGCAGGAGGGGAUCACUCCUAAAGAAUUGGAUUCACUCACGCGAUCGUUUGGCUUCCCUGUGGGUGCGGCCACUCUUAUAGAUGAGGUGGGAAUAGACGUGGCCGCACAUGUAGCCGAGGAUCUCGGCAAAGUGUUUGGUGAAAGGUUUGCCGGCGCCAACAUGGAGGUGCUCAAAGAAAUGGUUGUUUCUGGGUUUACAGGAAGAAAAGGAGGGAAAGGUUUCUAUGUUUACGAAUCUGGAGUUAAGGACAGAAAGCUUAACGAUAAAGCACUAGAAAUACUCAAAAAAUAUCACAUUUCACCCAAACAUAAGUGUACCCCCGAAGAACAUCAGAUGAGACUCGCUGUCAGGUUUGCCAAUGAAGCUGUCCUUUGUUUACAAGAAGGCAUUCUCGAGAAUCCGCUCGAGGGAGACAUCGGCGCCGUUUUCGGUUUAGGAUUCCCGCCGUUUUUGGGCGGACCCUUCCGUUACUUGGAUUCGUUUGGCGCCAAUAAAGCGGUCGAUUGGAUGAAGAGAUUCACCGAUGAUUACGGCCCAGUCAAGUUCGGGACGGUCGAUAACUAG